CAUUUGAGAACUUCCACAAAAGUCACACUGGGUCUUUAUGGGUUAAUACCAAUUAGAUGUCAGUGUCUUCUCCAGUUGUGUCAAACCUAAACGCUUGGGUUGUCCAAGUCUGUAACGACGCACCGAAGUUGUAAAAUCCGAGGUUCAUGGAAGGCGUCUGAAGGCCUCGUGACGUCACCGCUCCCCUGCGCUCUCUCCAUCAGCCAGUCAGAGAAGGGAUGCUCUGAACGCAAGACUGCAGCAUCUUCACGGACAAAACGUAGAGCAGGAAGAAAAAAAAAACAACAAAAAAAAAAACAGCUCGAGUCUUUUCUUUCGGUCUGAUCCAUCCUCCAGCUCCGCGCGCGUCUCCGGACCGUCCUCAGCUCACGCGUCCGCCGUCACCCGUGGGUGUCCCGUUCAUGACCGGAGCCCGGACAGGAUAAAGCAGACAGAAAAGCCAGCCUGCUGCCCGAGUCCCCUUUGGGAUUUUUUUUCUACUCUUCUUUGCUUCACUGACCUUUGUUUCCUUUCUGUGUUUCCUUUCCUUUCUGUCUUUCCUUUCCUUUCCUUUCUUCCCUUCGGUUCAUUUCACCUCUUUGUCUUUCUGUUUGGCUUUAUUUCCUUGCCCUGUUGGCCGCUGGUUUGCAGAGGAGCGCCACCAUCCUGCACCGCCUGACAUGCUUUUAUCCGGUCGCAGCGGAAUGACACACAUAUCUAACCCGCACAUCUGAAGGUUGAUGGAACACUGACGCUCCUGAUUUUUGCACGGGUUUUUUAAAGUAGCCUAGAACACGCAUCUGCAUCCUCAUCUGCAGAGGUUUGGGAUUUUUUUGUUGUUGUUGGGUUCCUAUUUCUCUUGAGCCGAUCAUCCGUCCGCUCCGCCAGUUUCUUUCUUUCUCUCUGUCUUCUGCGCAGCAUCUCUUUACGCACGGCCACAGCGCGGAGAAAACGCGCAGCAUAUCAUCCCCCGUCCGUAAAGAAACAGGCGUAUUCUCCGAUUCCGAACCCGCUUUCGCCUCCUUCUAUUCCUCCUUCUCUUCCUUCUUCUUCUUCUUUUUCUUCAAGGACUCGGCUCUGUGUGUGCGUGUGUGUGCGUGUGUGUAAACGGCUGCGCUGCGUAAAAGAAAAACAACGGGAAAAGAAAGGGGGGAUUUAAACGCAACACAAGCAUCCAAGAGCAAGCUCGAAAAAUGAUGGCCGGCGGAGCAGUACAGCAAAACGGGAUUUUCUCAAAUCCUCACCACCACAAUCAACAACCACACAUGGAGUCCGAUCCACCGGAUUCGCGUAAAAGACCCCUGGAGACGCCGACGGAGGCCAGCAGCACCAAACGCACAAACACGGGAGUGGCCUUCCUGCAGCCCCUAUUUGAAACUGAAGGCAUUGUAUUCCCUCACCAAGAAACUGAGACUCAUGAGGAAGGCGAGUACUUCCUGAAGGUUUUGAUUCCCAGUUAUGCGGCCGGUUCCAUCAUCGGGAAGGGAGGUCAGACCAUCGUCCAGCUGCAGAAAGAGACCGGAGCCACCAUCAAACUGUCCAAAUCCAAAGACUUCUACCCUGGGACGACAGAGCGGGUUUGUCUGAUCCAGGGGACGGUCGAGGCUCUGAACGGCGUCCAUGACUUCAUCGCCGAGAAGGUGAGGGAGAUGCCUCAGAGCACCCAGAAGACAGAACCGGUCAGCAUCCUGCAGCCGCAGACCACCGUCAACCCAGACCGGGUCAAGCAGGCCAAGCUCAUCGUCCCCAACAGCACGGCGGGGCUCAUCAUCGGUAAAGGCGGAGCUACAGUCAAGGCGGUGAUGGAGCAGUCUGGGGCGUGGGUGCAGCUUUCCCAGAAGCCCGAGGGCAUCAACCUGCAGGAGCGUGUGGUCACCAUCAGUGGCGAGCCCGAGCAGAACCGCAAAGCCGUGGAGAUCAUUGUGCAGAAGAUCCAGGAGGACCCGCAGAGCUCCUCCUGCCUAAACAUCUCCUACUCCAACAUCACAGGGCCCGUCGCCAACUCCAACCCCACCGGAUCCCCGUACGCCAACUCCACUGAGGUCAUGCCGGCCGCCGCUGCCGCCGCCGCCGCCACAGCCUCGUCCCUGCUGGGCCAGGCCGGGCUGGCGGGGGUCGGGGCUUUCCCCACCACCAUGUCCAGCCUCUCGGGUAACGACCUUCUGGCCAUCACCUCCGCCCUCAACACCCUGGCGAGCUACGGCUACAACACCAACUCCCUCGGCCUGGGGCUCAACCCCGCCGCCGCCUCAGGGGUGUUAGCCGCCGUCGCAGCUAACGCCAACCCUGCAGCGGCCGCUGCAGCUAACUUAUUAGCGUCCUACGCCAGUGACGCAUCCACCAGCGCAGCUCAUCCAGCGGCCGGCCUCGGGGGCUUCUCCUUGGGGUCGCUCGCCGCUGCCACGGGCGCCACCAACGGCUACCUGAGCGCCGCGUCGCCUCUGGUGGCGUCGUCUCUACUGGCCACGGAAAAGCUUGCGGAAGGAGCGAAGGAAGUGGUGGAGAUCGCCGUCCCGGAAAACCUGGUCGGUGCCAUCUUGGGGAAGGGAGGGAAGACGUUAGUGGAGUACCAGGAGCUGACCGGCGCCCGGAUCCAGAUCUCCAAGAAAGGCGAGUUCAUCCCCGGAACCCGGAACAGGAAGGUGACCAUCACGGGUUCCCAGGCCGCCACGCAGGCCGCACAGUACCUGAUCAGCCAGCGAAUCACCUACGAGCAGGGGGUACGCGCCACCAACCCACAGAAGGUGGGCUAAACCUGACAGCCAAUGAGAAACGAGGAGGAAAAGAGGAAAAAGAAGUGGGGGCUUUGGGGGAGGAGUUUAAAAAAUAGUAAGAGUGCGAAUAAUGGAAGGAGAGAAGAGCAAGAAUGUCGGAAGGAAUCGUCUUUGCCGUUUUCUUCUGCGUGUUUUCAGUAUUCUCUAUUAAAAAAAAAAAAUCUGACGCGAAGCAAAAAUGUGCUGAGAAGACGAGGAGGGAGAGGAGUGAGAUAUCACGCUGAAAAACCAAGAAAAAAAUGUGUAAAAUGUAAAUAAGGUUUUAUUACUUAACGUCUUGACCUUUGGGGAUUUUUUAUUGUUUGGUUUUUGUUCUGUUGGUUGUUUCGUGUAUUGUGUGGACAACGCUGAAUGCCAUGUCGACAGGCUGUGACGCCUCAGAGGCUACAGGAGGCAGGGGGAGGUGGGGGCGGGGUUAGACGGGGGCAGGCGAGGGGGGUGAGGGUUUACGGGGUGCAGCCCUCCGCCCCCCCUCCACCUUCCCCUUCAUGGAAACACCCCUGGCCCCUCCCUCCCCCUGCAGCCCACAACCCGUCACCCUCCUGUGGGGUUUUUGUUUUUCUUCUAGUUUUUGUUCCCCCCCUCACACCCCUUACCCCCAAAACCCCAAAAAGCCCCUGUCACUACUUGCCCCGCCCCUUGCCCCGCCCCCUCGGCCCUUUUACAAAGGUUUUAUAAUGAGUAAGACUGCAAACUUCAGCCUGAUGUGUGACAGAAGAAACACCCAGCCCACUCCCCCCACACCUAUUAUUACUAUUAUUAUUAUUAUCAUUAUCAAACCACCCCUCCCUCCACCCCCCCACCCGCCCUCCACCCCCCCUGGAGAAAGGAUAAAGUGAAACUGGGUGAGAUCCAGCUGGGUGUUUCUUCUGUCGGUGACACCCCCCUAUAAGCCCUGUGAUGUAUCCCACAAGCAGUGCAGCGCCGCAGGGGUGUUACGGCACGUACCCCCUCCCCCGCCGUCGCCGCCCUCCCCCACCCCCACCCCACCCCCCCUACCCUGUACGCGGCUGUAGUUUUUAAGAUAGGAUGCCGAGGCGCACGCUGAUGACCUCAUGUAGUGUUGAACAAGAAAAGACAAGAGUGAUACUGUGCAAUCUGCGGCAAAACACACAGGAUCUUUGCAGGAUCUUAUUAAUGUCUCUAAUGUCAUUAUUAUUACGGUAGAAUCAUCGCCAUCGUCGUUAUUUAUUAAUGAAUUCACCCAUGCGAGCUCAGUUGUUCUUCUUUUAUUUUUAAUCUGUGAAUUCAGGUUGACAUGAAUGUAAAUGAGACUAUUUCUUGAUUUGUUUUUUUUUUUGUUUUUGUUUUUUCUUUUAUUUAAGUGGAUUGAAGAUGAAUAGUAAUGUCACAUAGUGUAAUAUAUGUCUUAUUUAAGUCCAGUAAGAAAAAACGCCGCCCCAGGCAUUAAGAUAAUUACAGUGAAGGAUCAUCUAAUAUAUCCAGUCAAAGAGCAGAACAGGGAACGCACUCAUGCACAGACACACUGAAGUAAAAACACUACCAUGCCAUAUCUGGUGCUAGAAAAGGGAAUCCACCAUAUCUACGAACAAUACCGACGGCAGUGAAUCCUCUAGAUGAGCAGGGAAAUCCAAGCCCCUUUUCCACCAACAUUCCCAGGAACUUACUUUUAUUGGUUAAAAAAACUCCUGGUAAUUUGUGUUCCACCUUAAAGCUCUGGAAAAUUAAUUCAAAUUAGGUUCAUUUAAGUCCAGGCUGUUUUGAGUGUAUUUUCUGAAUGCGAUCUUUAAUGUAUUCGACGGGCAGAUUAUUACGAUGCACUCGUCGCUUAUCUUCUUUUGCAAACGGUUAAAACACAAAUGAAGUGAAUCAUGUAGACGUCGAAGUUUGCAGACGCCACUGGAUUAAACAUGUAAAUGUGGAACGCUGCAAAUGUGUUCCACCAAUCAGUGUCCGUCAUCAUACAGCCCCGCCCCCAAGAAUUCUGGGCAUCUGAAAAGUCCCAUCCACCCUUUAUGAAGAAGUUUUUUCAGUAAAAGUUUGGGGGUCGAGGGCCGUUUUUCAAAGUUCCUGGUAAAGUUCCUUUGGUGGAAAAGGGGGGCUGAUGUCAACCGGAUCAGACCACAGGCUGCAGGGCACGGUUUAAGCCGCUCGAUCCGACCUGGUUUUCAUGCUUUUCUCAUGCUCCGAUGCUCUGUCGUAAAAAAAAAAAAAAAAAAAGCCCCAGCGAUAGUUCUCGACUAACAAGCUGAAUAAUGGAGUCGAACUGAGACUGGGAUGAACUGCUGCUGCUCAGCCUGUGGUUUCCCCCAAAACAAAAAAAUGAAAAAAAAAAGAAGGAAAACCGAGCCACAGACUAGAUGAAGCAAAAGCACUUAACGCAAUGUACUACUGACAAACGCAAACAAUGAGCGAGAGGUAACACUGAAUGUUUUGGUCCAGGGUCGACCGCUGAAUCUGCCUCCGCUGCGACUACACUUACUAUUUUAAGGCAGCGUUCAUAUCAGUUAAAGCAGAUAAACGGCCUCGCUGAUCUUCGCCCUUAUCGAGCGACCGUCCGACUGCCUCCCGAUGAGGUCAAAGGUCAGACACGAGGGGUUUCCGACAUACGUCCAGGGACUCGAGCUCGUUUCUGCCUCUGGUCUCCCAUGGCAACAGGUUUUCUGCCCACGGAGGCUGCUGAAGAUGCUGUUGUUUCUUUUGUUGUUGUUAAUUUUUUUUCUGUUUGUGUCGUGUUUCUUUUUUGUUUUUUGUUGGGUUUUUUUUUUUACAAUCGGAGUACACUGAAUUUAUUUGUUUUUUGUUUUUUUUUUUGUCUUAAUGCACUGUGAAGCAAGGGAGCGGUUCUCUGGGCCUAUGAGGUCAGGGAUGUGUGAUGUAGACGGCAUUGUGACUGGAUGGUUUCUGUAUGGCAGGGAAAACAAACACAUAUAUGAAAUAUAUGUAGAAUGCAUAUGAAGAACUUCACCACAGAUCGAUGUGUAUCUGACGUACAAAAAAAAAGGAGGAGAAAGAGAGUAGGUCGAUGAAGAGGAUCAAUCAAUUGAGUUGAGAUCAAUCUACUUAACUGUUGGGUAUUUUUUUUUUUUUUUUUUUUUUUUUUUUGAAUCUGGAAUCGAGGGCGGGAUGUCGGGUGAGUGUUAGGUGUCCAGUAGCAGAUUAAAAAGACUGGAACUAAGUCCAAAUUUAUCGCAGCUGUGUCUUUUUCAUAAAUUGACGUAAUGUUUGCUGUGUAUCCAAAGGGCAAAUCCCUGGAUUCGACAGGACUUGAAGCUACAAAACAUAGAACAUGCCAAAAAAAAAUGAGGAGGGGGUGCAUUUGAUAUUUGAUAUGAUCCAUCUGACAUGUCAAAGAUUAAAACACACACAAAAACAGGCAAAUCUGACCUGAAAUCCUCUACGAAUGUGUCACUCUCUGUUGGAGCGCCAGUGAGGGUUUAUCUCCACGUCUUGGUAAGGAGGCUUCUUUACUCCCAUCUAACACCAUCCACUCUCCUCACCCUCCCUCCACCCGUCCUCAGUCCUCCAGUUGCACUCCCAUUCCUAACACCCCCCUCUCCUCCGACCACAUCGCUCCAUGGGUGACUAUGUCUGGUGUUUUCUACGAUCAAUGCAUGUCUGCUGCUUGCCCUGACAAACACAGAUGAUGAUUAUUACUAGUGCUAUUGUGACGACUGAGGCUUUUGUUUUUUAUCGGUGACGCCUCGAUCCGUUUUGGGUCGUUGUGUGAAAGCAGUAGAAACGACCACACCUGCAGGGGGCGCCAGCGGCAAAUACCUGUUGUUUUGGUCGGUGUGUUUCAGUGGACGAUCCCAGGAGGAACGUGUUGAUUUGGAUUUAGUCGAAGAUAGAACACGCACAUGUGGUGAGGGUGGAUUUUAACUGGAUUUGGCUUCGUUUGUUUGUUUGUAGACGUUCUGAAGGUGAUGAUGUGCUUCAGUUCUGCUGCUGAACUCCACUGUGCUGCCGAAUUUUAGCAACAAAAUGAGCUGAGGAGGUUUUCCUUAAAGGGUUGGACUCAUUCGGAAGCAUUUUCUAGUGUUUUUACGGGAUGUGAGGGGCAGCGUUUUGACAUUUCAUGAGCUAAACUGUUGUUGAUCAGGGUUAAACUGAGACUAGAGCUGGAUGAUAUGGACAGAGAUACUACUAUGAUGGUUUCAUAAAUGUGCAGUUCUUUCUUUUACAGUUAAAAGACGGAAAGUUGGAAUCACGGGUGAAAGUUUGGGAAAUCAGGCAGAAUUUUGUGGCUUCAUGGUCAGAAAAUGCAGACACCGUGAGCAUUUCAGAGACAUUCACAGCAUCUUUAACUGUAAUAUGUGCAUGAGAAUGUUAACAAAAUUAACCCCAAUCACUAAAGACAGAAUUUAUUUUCUAACUGCUGCUAAACUCUACUGUGCUGCGAGAUUUUAGCAAGAAAAUUAACAGAUAACAUUUACUGUCAAGUGUUGGAUUCAUUUGAAAGCAUUUUCUAGUAUUUUUUGGCUUUUCAGGGCAUUUUAUGAACUAAAAAUGUAGUUUUUCAGGGUUAAAUUGAGACUAAAGCUGGAUAAAAAUGUUAAUAUGUGCGUAUAAUAAAUGUCCAGUUAUUUCUUUACAAUUAAAAGCUGGAAAGAGUUAUAGUCGUGGGUUAAAGUUUGGGAAACCUGAUGGAAUUUUGUGGUUUUCAGUAGGUCUUUAUGGUCAGAAAAUGUGCAUUUUAGAAACACUCAAAGGAUAUUUAACAGUAAAAUAUUCAACAUAUGCAUGAGCGAAUGUGAACAAAAUGAACCCAAAUUUGCAAAAGUGAGGCUUUUAUUUUCUACUUUUAUUCACUACAAACCAGAGCAGGAUGCAGCACAGUGCGUUUCCAGCAGGAGAAGCUCAUGAUUAGGUGAAAGUGGGUGAAUACUGGACAGACUUCAGCUUCAUCUCAUCAGUUCAACGACAGAAGAACCUGCGUUUCUUUGUCCUUUUACACAGCAGCCAAUCUCCUUUUGUUAUCGUACUGUUAGGGCAUGGAGAUAAAAAUGUGACGAGUACUGGAAGCAAUACACGUAGUGGCAUAUCGUGGUGUCCUGUGUCUGCCGUAGGAGCUUCUGACUUUAGAUGUUCGAUAGGUUUACACCAGACAAUUUUUUUAAUUUGUGGAAAAUGCUGCUAUUUAAUAAUAACUGAUGUACUAAAAAUACAAGGUUAAAUAAAACAUAUCGAAUCUGUCCUUUAGCUGCAGAGGCUAGUCUCGAGUGGCAGUGUAAUACAUGCUCUGUUAUAAGCUGAUGAUAAGUUCAUAAUAAUAAUAAUAAUAAUAAUAGUAUAAUUCUAACCUGAACGACUUAAACUUGUGCCAAAAUAGGUCUUUACAGAGUGAAGCUGUAAAUGUGUUGAUUUAAACCACAUUAGAUAAGAGAAGACAUACUUUUAUAUUAAGAAAAUGUGAAAAGUGCCAAAUGAACCAUAUUUAUAACUCACAUAGGAAAUGGGAAUAUUCCCCGUGACAGUUUUUAUUAAGAACCUGUUAGCGUAACGGACAAAGCGCCUCAGUAUAGCAGUUUGUUUAAGCCCUCUUUGUUCCUGCCACAAGAGGAGGGAACCGCCAUGUUAGCCAUGUGUUAGCCAGUCCUCUGGGAAACUGCACUUCCCAGAAUGCAACAGCACUAUGACUCUGGGGCUAGAGGAAUCAACAUAGCGAUAGGUUAGCAUAACGAUGCUAAAAACAAUGUGACUAGAUAGCAUUCUUAAAUACAGCCUUUUAUAGUUACAAUGAAAAUGUAUUUUGUGGAAAUAGAUGUUAUCUUUUUUGCACGUCUAUAUUGCAUGAUAUCCAAGUGAAGCGUGGACAAAAAAAAAGGAAAAAAAUCAAAGAAGUAACAAAACAAAAAACAACUAAAAAAAAAAAAAAUUAGGCAGUGUGUGUCGUUCAUUUUCGGAGACGAAUCUUUGCAUGCCGAUAAGGGUAGAGCAUUUUGAUAUUGUUUUACACGCGUUCAGAUGUUCGUUGUUUUCCGACUCAUGUUAUUUUGUCUAAAUCAUCCUCAGAGGGAAACGAACAAAACCUUUCCGAACAAACCUAAGACUAUUUUACUACUUGCUAAGCGAGCUUGUACUAAAAGUUACUGUCUAACUUUAGAACAAUAAAUAAGUAUGAGUUGCGUUUCCAUGGUGACUGAUGUCCAUGAAUGUACUCACCUCUGCAUACGUUUGCAUAUCACUCCUCGAAACCAUUGACGUGCACUAGAGGCUUCCGUGUGUUUUUCGCUGUGUUUUUGUACUCUAACAUUACUAACCCUCGACCCUUCGCUGUGUCGAGCUCUCAGUAGUUGUUUGUCCUUUUAACCCCCCCCCCUCGUUGAACCCCCCCACCCCUGGCUCUGAGCUCUGGCUUGUCUUGUUGUUGAUUAUGCACCUUAACUGACCUCAGAUCUGACACAUGAAGGAGCGUCUGCGACCCCGACCACUGUGUUUCAACAGGAGAGAAGAGAUUCAGAGGUGCCCCCCAACCCACUCAACGCCCCCCCCACCCCCAUGGGUCUGUCCGUCUGCAUCGGCCUCGCCGUCGGGGGCGUCUCUGCAGAAUCUGGGACAGAUUGUGUUUUCGCUCCCUGUUCAGUCCAAGGCUCUGAUCUCAGGGAGAGAAACAACACUGAGCUCUGCCAGUGUUUUCACAGUGGUCGUGGUGUGAAUCCUGACCCCCCCCACACACACACCCCCAGCCCCCACCCACUGCCUUUCACUUCACUCAGAUCCAUUGGCUUUAACAAAAUCAGCACCACUUUAUAAUAAGACAAACCAAAACAAGGAUUAUUAGACUCAGAACAUACAUUAUACAUGUUACUGAGCAUUUUAUACAAAUAUAUGAAUGAGUUAUUGGAAUUUAACCCUUUGGAGUCUGUAAUAUAAAUACUGUUUUUACCGUACCUGCUCAUAGUCACCUCAUAUAAUCUUAUAUCCAAAGUGUUGCAUCAAAAUGUGCAGAACAAUCUAAGCUCUCAGUGGAAUGAACUGUAUUUUAUUGGGUCCUGAGGCUGAAAACGUAGAAUUCCAAAUUUGAAAAAAAAGCAACAUAUCAUAUGAAAAUGCACCUUUACUAUGUGUGAAUGGAAAUUCGGAGAUUACAGAUUGAUUUACCAGUUUGUUUUCUUCACAAAAGUAGUGUAUCAUAUAAAGAAAAAAUAGCCAAAUGUCUUAAUGGUUCUUUCUGAAAUUAUCAAAUUUAUAAGUUUAGGCAAAAAAUACUGUGAAUAAUGAACUGUUUUUCAUUGAUUGUAACUGUUGAUUCACCUUAUGUUCAUUAAAAACAGUGAAAACAGUGAAUACAUCCCAUAAUACUGCACUAAAAUAAAACAACGUGCAGAUUUAAGCUGAGCAUCAGUUUAGCUUUAGAAAGUGUUUACAAAACAGCCAAUUUUUUUUUUUAUUUUAAAAGAUUUAAUACUCAUAAAUAUGGAACCUUUUGGAUUCCUCAGGUGGCUGAUCCCAGUCUCUGAGCUGUGGACUGAUGAGGAACCUGACUAAUUACAUUAAUUAACCGAUUAUUGCGACAGUUCUUUCGACGCCGGCUCAUUCAUCGGCUGUUUGUGCAGCUGUAAUGAGCCGCUGUGACCGCCGUGGGUCUUAUUGUAAAGUGGUUUCCACCUCCGUCUCUCCUCUCCCGUUCUGGUUCUCAUCCAGCCUCGUUUGGCUGUGUUGUCAUGGUUACCCAAACGACCCGCUUCCUCCAAAUCCACCCUUCGAUUUCACCCCCGACUGCUCCUCGCGACUCGUUUGCACUAAACUCUGUGCUGUUACUGUGCAUGGCAGGCCAGGCCGAGGUGGGGGGGGGUGGGCGUGGGGGGGUCCGUGUGCAGGACUACUGUAGAUGUGUAUUAUUACUGUACCGUAGGUUGUGUAUUUAGUCGUGCAUGCUCCUCUUUCUUCUUUCUGUCUGCUUUCCAGGCUGUUGGUGUCUGUGUUGCGACGUAGCCGGCGAGCCAUGUGUUUAUGAUUUUCCUAUUUAUUUAUUUCUCUGUGAUGUGUAGAGGAAUGCAAACUCCCCCCGCACCCCCCACCCCCCUCACCUGCCCGCCAGGUGGACUCAUUGCUUCUCAGUGGGUGUGUGGUUCUUCUCAGUCAGUCCUCAGAUCUUGCUUUUCUGCCCGACCCCUCCCCAUCCACACACUGCCACCUCACCCACAGCCACCCACACCCACCAUCGACCCCUCAACAGAUACUAUGGGACCCCUCUCUUCGCCCCCCCACCCCCCCACCACUACCACCCCUCCCUGCCCCGACUCGGGCCCCAUCGAAGCACCAGCAACUGUAGACUGCAUUUGUCAUAUCACUGUUUUCUCUGUUCCUUCUUCUUGUUCUCUGUGGAUUAUUUUUUUUCCUGGUUUUUGAUUUGUAUUGUAUGCUCUGUCUAACCUAGACCAGUUAUAACAAAAAUGCCAUUUCUGUGUGUAGCCUGUUUACCCCUCCCUACCUUCUCUCUACACACACAUAUGAAAAAAAACACUCUUCCAUGCCCUCUUUUUUGCACUUUCACUGCCCACUCCUCCUCUUCCUCCUCCUCCUCUUCCUCCUCCUCCUCCUCUUCGCCCAAACAUACACCCACUCUUUCCUCCUCCGCCUCCCACGAGUCUCUUCUCUCGAGUGCCAAAAUAGAACAGAGAGGAAAAAAAAAAGACAACAACACCAACAACAACAACAACAACUACCAUUCCAAGCGUUUCUUUGAGUUGUUCUUGUGUGUCGGACAUCCAUCCUGGAAGCACCCAUGAAGCCAGCAUGCUCCGCCCUCAUAACAUGAUGUCGCUCAUGACGCCUCAACUGAACAGCACCUUUUGCCCCCCACCACCACCACCUCCUCCUCCUCCUCCUUCUCCUCCUCCUCCUCCUCCUCCUCCUCCUCCUCACCACCCCCCACAGAGCUAAACCCGACAAGGAUUAACCCUCUGCAGGUUGGCUACCUACUGUCCUGCCUCUCAACCUAAAGCCCUACCGCUCAUGCCAGCUGCUUUCUAAUUCUGUCAUCUCUUCAGCCUGUGGGACUUCAUUGAUUGUGUGCCAUAGUGUUGGGGGCACCUUUCACUCUCCUCACCCCCCCCCCCCCUCCCCCUUCCCACCUCUUCCUCUAUCUUUCAACCCCUCCUUUCUCUUGCUCUCGCUCCAUUUGAUUUUUCUCGAUGGGAAAGAUUCAAAAACUCCAUUUUUCUAAUGAUGAUUUUUUUUGUUGUCGUUUAACAUCCAAACCCACGCACGCCGACACAUGCACCGCCGCCGUGCGGUGGUGUGGGGAGUGUUUACGCACCGUCAGCUGCGCAGCCAUCUGUCUUCUUGAACUUUUUGAACUUUCACCCCCUCAUGAACUUUAUUGACCUUCUUCCUCCUCCUCCUAUACCCCCCUUCUGUGUUCAUCCAACUGUUUUUUGGACGAUAACUCUCCAUUCCAUCCCCAAAACCUCUCUGAGACUGUGCAAUGCUAGCUGAUAUGAUUGGAUUUUUUUGUUUGUUUGUUUGUUGCUUAUCAUUGGGGACAAUUCUCUGAGAUAUAAAAAGAACAAAAAAAAAAAAACAUACGAAAGGAAGAAAAAAAACCAUCUAAAAAAAAAAAAAAGAAAUGCAGACAAACAAAAAAAAGAGAAAAAACACUAAACUGUUUCUCCACGAUUUCAUUUUUUUCUCUCUCAUUGUAAAUAUUUUGUCAGAUUUUUUGCCGAGCUGUAAAGAGAGAAGUGUUGAGCAGAACGGGGCCGGCAGCAUAAAGAGGAAGUCGUGGGCGCAGUAGAUGAUCAUUUUCAUUCUCUGUAUCUGAUAGUUAGGUCUGCCUGUAUAAUCGGCUAUGCUAGUUCUACUGUGUUAACCUGUGCUGUUGUUAUUAGUGUUGAUUUACCUACUGUAUUCGCUGUUUAGCUUCCAUGUCGGCUAGCAAACUCUUUAGAUAUCUGUGCUCAUGGAGUAAUAAUACUAACCUUGAGAAGUAGUGCGAGCCAUUCUCAACGUGUAGGCUUGUUUUUGUACAUUCGUUGAUGUUUUCCUGACAGUGAGUUGUAGUGGCGCUUGUAGUAUCUUUUAUCAUCAAGCCAUAGUUAUUGAAAAAAAAAAGAAAAAUGCUUGAUCGUGUUUAGAGACAUAUCAUCGUGGAAAACAACUCAGCUCCUCCAGGUUUUUGGAAGAAAACAAACAAAAAAAAAAAAUCAAUCAAUCAAUAAAUACAUAAAUAAAGAACGCCGUCCUCCCAGGCGACCGGACCAGGAAGCUGAGCUGCUAACUUUUGUGCAAUACAGUCCUAGUUUACAUGACAUAGAUAGUUUAUAGAAGCUCUGCAGGUGGAUCGACCCCCGCCGCUGCAGAACCAAACCCGUCGCGUAUCUCCACCUCGACAUCCCAGACAUUUUGAAAGUAUUAAAGCGUGAGAUUAGCCUCCACCAUUUCAUCGCAUUGCUCUGAGCUCCACUCUUUGAUUUAUGCUGCCUGCCCCAUCGCCCUGAGAACACCACAUGAGCUAUUUAUUUCUCAGACUAUUAUUAUUAUUAUACUAUUAAUAAAUAACAACGCAACAAGAAAAAGGGAACGACUGGAAAAAGGUGGAUUAAUAUUAUUAUUGUUUUGUUUUUAUUUUUUAGUAUUUUAGUGGUUGCUUUUAACAACAUUCAUUAACUGACUUAAAGAGUAUUGAAUAUUUAAUGUAAUUGUAGCAUUGUGUUUGUAAAGAGAAAAAAAACCUAGUGAGUUGUGUUUCUUGACUUGUGGAUUACCAGUGAAGUGGGCAAUCUAGUGCUAAUAUAUAUGAGGUCUUUUUUUAAGGAUUCUUAUUUUGCAACAGCAACAGCAGUCAUUAUAAAUGUUCAUUUUAGCAUCA